GCGGCGACUUUUGGGACACUGCGCCGGCGCCGCCGACGUCGCUGGCGCUUACCGACCGCGGCAUCGCUUUGCUCAAGACCAACAUGGUGCCGCUGGUUACUGGGUGCGCGCUCGUGGUUCUGGUACUCGGCGUGGCGGUCGUCCGGCGGUCGCUACGCCGCCACCGCGAACGCCGCGAGCAGGAAAUGUACGAAGACAACAGUCACUACCAGCCAUUGCUGUAGGCAGCACCCCUCUUUUGACGCCGUGAGAAGCCUCGCGCUUCGUUCUGGAAACGACAACUUUUGUAAUUUCAUAUAA